UUUACUGUCCAUCCUGUCCACAAUGUUAUGCAUUAAAGCGAUGCAUUUAGGAAAAAGGCUUUUUGUGGUGCUGCUCUUGCUGCAGUGGAGCGCUCGAAGCCUCAGCGCAAUGAGAGAUGGCUCUACAGACACACAUGCCCACUGUGUCACCGAUGGAUCGACCGUAAAUUGCACCUUGCAAGAGACAGACCUGCUCAAUUCUGACCCUAUUAAACUGGGUGUCGUUGAGGGACAGACAGUGGACAUUUACGCAGCAUGUCGACAAAACAGCUCAGAGCGGUUUAGAUGUCUCUGCUACCAAAGGGUAAAUUCCACUAUGCAUCUGUUACAGCACUCUGAGAGAGUUGAAAAUGGAACAUACACUUUACUCUGUGGCAAUCACAAUCUUACAGUUGUGCAGUCACCAAAAAGGAUGCCAUCAGUCCCAGUGCUCAAAGCUAUUGCAAGUGCAGGACAAAAAAAUACAGCUGAUAUAGUUUGUAUUUCCGAGGGAAAUCCUAAACCUACCAUCAAGUGGAAUGGCAACAACAAAAAUCCAAAGGAAGUCAGGGAAAAUAGGUGGAACAGGACAGAGAGCAGUUUGAUUAGUAGCCCUGAUUGUCAAAAGUGCUGUGCCAGUAAUUUGCUGGGGGAAGAAUGUUCUGAGAUCUAUGAUUAUGAUCUGGAGACGAAGGAGGAUGGGCAAAAGGUUCAAAUUUUUCUAAAAUCUGGUCAGUCUUUGCUACUCCGAUGCAUACUGAAAACAAGAAAAAGUCCUGAAUUGAGAUGGUACUUCAACAACUCUUUGGUCAGUGGAGUCAAUUCAGUCACUUCGCUAAAUUAUUAUUAUUGGAUGGAGCUCCUCACUGUUGAAUCAGUUAAUGUGAUGCAUAGUGGAGAGUACAUCUGCAAAUCUAAAUACAACCACACUGCGUCCACCUAUGUCAUGAUCUUUGAAAAAGACAAAAUCGACAUAUUGCAGCUGAAUGCGAACAACAGCAUUCUAGCUCAAAAUAAGGCAAGCUUCUGCUUCCAGGCUCUGGUAUUCUCCUACCCAAAAGCCCAGUGCCACUGGAUUAUACCAAAUCAAACCAAAAUCAAGUGCAGAGAGACUCAUUACCAUCAUUAUAACAGUACUUUUAAGCUGUGUUACCCCAAAUCAGGACAAUAUCAAAUUAAACUAGAGAAUCAAGAACAUAGUGUCAUAAGGAAUGUGUCUCUUUGCAUAUCUGACAUUCCUAGAAUAAAAAUACUUAAAGAUUUGAGCUUCACUACUUGCACAACUCAAAGCUCCACACCUGUGGCUCUAUCUUGGAAAAUCUGCCCAUCACAUACUAAAUGUAUUGAUCCUGAAGAUUGGAAUGAGAUGCCUGUUGCCCCCUCUGAAUUCCCAGACUCUGAUCAGUUCUGUCAAAAGAAGAUUGUCUUUGCCAGAUCACGCUCUUACAGAGAGGACCAUCUUAUUAAAUGCUGCAUAACUAACAUAGAAGGGACUCACUGCAGUGACCAAAUGCUACUGCAAACAAACUCCUACGUUGAUUAUGUAAUUUGCUUUGUGCUCAUUGUUGUACUACUUGUGGUCAUCUUUGCCUUAAUGAUCUUCAUCAGAAUAAAGAAGCCUAUGUACCAGAGCCAAAUCCAGAUGAUUCAGAUGGUCGGACCCAACAACAAUGACUACAUAUACAUAGACUUCAGGGACUUUAAGUAUGACCCCAAAUGGGAAUUUCCACGAGAGAAUCUGGAGCUUGGAAUAGAACUGGGGUCUGGUGCUUUUGGGAUGGUUUUGCAUGCGAAGGCGUAUGGAAUCAGCAAACAAGGAGUUUCUAGUCAGGUAGCAGUAAAAAUGUUAAAGGAAAAGCACCAGGCAGUGGAGAAGGAGGCUCUGAUGUCUGAACUGAAAAUGUUGACGCAUAUCGGACAGCAUGAAAACAUUGUCAACUUGCUCGGAGCUUGCACAGGCUUAGGUCCCAUAUACCUGAUCUUCCAAUACUGCUGUAAUGGAGAUCUCCUGAACUACCUGAAAAGCAACAGAGAGCAUUUUCACAACUAUCUGACUGAUGCUUUCAACAGGGACAGAUUCAGAGGCCUCUACCGCAACUUUCAGCAGAAGAGAAACUUCAGUGAGUGUGUUGAGCCUAGUGAUGACCCGUGUCUGCACAACACAUCUCCUGUAUUCAAAGGAAAGGAGAAUGAGGCACUGCUCAGUCCUAGCAUCAGCUCAGUGUCUACUAUUGAGGAACUUCAGAGUCUCGCCUAUGAUGACCUGCUGAGUUUCUCUUUUCAAGUCGCAAAAGGCAUGGACUUUCUGUCUGCUAAAAAUUGUAUCCAUAGAGACCUGGCAGCCAGAAAUGUUUUGGUGACACAUGGCAGACAGGUGAAGAUUGGUGACUUUGGCCUCGCAAGAGACAUUGAAAAUGACUCCAACUAUGUUGUAAAAGGAAAUGUGCGCUUGCCUGUGAAGUGGAUGGCUCCUGAGAGUAUUUUCAAAGGGGUGUACACAAUGCAAAGUGAUGUCUGGGCCUAUGGCAUUCUGCUGUGGGAAAUCUUUUCUCUUGGAGUCACCCCAUAUCCUGGUAAAACUGUAAAUAACACAUUCUACACAAUGAUUGAAAGUGGGUAUCACAUGGAGCAGCCCUAUUAUGCAUCAGAAUCGGUAUACAAUGUGAUGUGUCACUGCUGGUCACUGGAUCCAGCAGACCGACCCUGUUUCUCCAAGCUUGUGGCUUUCAUGCAAAAUGAGUUGGCUGCUUUUGAAGAGAGGAUCUAUUACAAUAUUGGAGGAUACUGCCACAGUGACUUAAUAUAUCAGAAUGCACCAGUAACUCCUGACCCUACAUUGCUGGAUGAAAGACAAGAUGUCUGUCAGACAUCACAGGUAAACUCAUCCUCCAACACAGAGAAUUCAGAUGAAGGCAAAGCCAUGGAGGAUCUCGGAUCAGUAAUAACAGGAACCUCUCAUUUGAAGAUUAGGAGUUCAGGCCAGGAGUAUGUAAUUAUGUCUGGCGCAUGGAAAAAAUGUCCUUAAAUAACAACUUAUUUCACAUCUGAGAUACUUAUUGGAAUUGCAAUGAGUAAUUGCAAUUGCAAAUGUUUUAGGACUAAUAAUGAAUAAGUAUUCUGAAGUUUUUCACUUAUUAACUUGUAUGUACAGUGAGCUCUUCAGAAGUGUAUGAGUGUAAAUGCUGUAAUUAAUCAGUAAAAAUAAUUAUAUGUAGUUUUGUGCAGCAAGCAGCUUUCCUGUAAGUGCUGAGAUAUUGAUCCUUCUUCAUGAAUUUAAACCAAUAUUAAAAACAAAAUAUAUAUAUAUAUUUUUAGAUAUGCAUGCAUUCUAAAAGUACAAGUUUGGACAAUAUGGAUAUGUUUCUAAAAGAUGAAUAUUUGGCUGUGUCUUGCAUUCUGAAUUUGCUUGAUGUUGCUAUCUCAGUGUAUUUUUCAGUAUAUUUACUCAAUUGUCCUUUGACUUUUAUUGAUAAAUCAUUGCUGUUGAUACAUUAUAUAUCAAUGUAUCAAUUAUCAACAAGGAUAUUUUUAUAGUAUGCUUUGUUAUGCCUACAGUUUGAUUGUAGCAGAAAUUUAAUAUUGCUCAUUUGCACAGAUGUUCUAGACACAACGAUGAGGUCUAUAAUAUCCAGUGCAUUCUGUCUUUCUAACAUUGUUACGACUCUGCAAAAAUCAGCAAAGGAAAAAUUUUCACACCCUCUUAGCCUGCUGUUAACAUUAAACAUUCUUUUUCCAGUUCACUUGCCUAUGAAGUUAUAAUGGAAUAAAAUAGUGAUGGCAAAGUAAUAAAUGGCUAUUC